AUGGAUUCAAACAACGAUGAAGUAGCUUUCUAUCUUCCAAAUUUUAUUUGGAUCUACAAGGAUGGUUCCGUAGAAAGGCUCGCAAGAACUGAAAUCAUCCCCACCAGUGCUCUCGAUCCUCAAACCGGUGUUUCCUCCAAAGACGUCCUCAUCGCACCAAAAAAUGGCGUUUCUACCUGGCUUUUUCUCCCCAAAAUAAUCACCAAUUCUUCCCCUCAAAAGCUUCCCCUCUUGGUCUACUACCAUGGUGGCAGCUUCUGCUUUGAGACCCCUUUCUCCCCUAUUUACAACCGUUAUGUAUCAUCUCUAGUUGCGAAGGCUAACGUGGUUGUAGUUUCUGUACACUUCAGGAGAGCCCCAGAGGACCCACUCCCCAUCGCCUAUAAUGAAUCAUGGGAGGUGCUUCAAUGGGUCAUUUCUCAUUCCAAAGGGAACGGCCUUGAAGCAUGGCUAAACGAGAACGCUGAUCUGAGUAGAAUAACUAUGAUAGGAGAUAGCGCAGAGCUUCAGAGCCUCCUCAUCAGUCAUGGGUAUCUCCAUUCAAGCACGGCAAGUAAGACCGACUCCACUGAUCCUACUCCUACUCCAGAGGCUAAAUCUCACACUGACUUCUCCUCCACCACCAACGCCUCUUCUGGUCGUGGCUCAGGAUGGGGUCGUGGUGGAUGUAGUCACGGUGGACAUGGUCACAGUGGCCUGACUUGUGUCAACUUGGAGAAGCUGGCAUCUAAGAGGGUAUUGGUAUGUGUUGCUGAGAAGGAUGGAUUGAAAGAGAGGGGUCUAUUUUACCAUAAGAUGUUGGGGAAGACUGGGUGGGGAGGGGAAUUGGAAUUGAUGGAAGUUGAAAGGGAGGGUUAUGUGUUCCACCUCUUCAAUCCCACCUCCAAGAAAGUUGUAGCCAUGAUGAUGAUGUCCCACUUAGUUUCCUUCCUCAACCAAGACCGUACUCCUGAACUCCUUAGUUAUUAG